CACAACUAUUCACUUGAAUUGAUCGAGAGGGCGUUUAGAGCAUAGUCUGCAAGAAGGUCGGCGAGGUAGUAAGGAGGGCUGAGAAAGAAGGAGACAAUUGUCAGAAGAAACGGAUUCAUUCUUGACUGCCCAACAUGCCACCCAAAGUCAAAGAUGACAAGACUUUUGGCAUGAAGAAUAAGAAGGGGGCAAAGGUGCAAAAAUACAUCGCAACCGUAGAGAAACAAGCGAGCGCAUCGGGAAAGAAUAAGCAGGAUAUCGCCAAAGAGAAGGAGAAGCAGGCGAGGGUAGAGGCUAAGAAGGCAGAGGAAGCGAAGAAGAAGCUUGAUGCGGAGUUAUUCCGAACCGCUAUUCAGGUGCAGAAAGUCCCAUUCGGAACGGAUCCGAAAACUGUCUUGUGUGCCUAUUUCAAAGCUGGGUACUGCGAGAAGGGCAAUAAGUGCAAAUUCUCUCAUGAUCGCAAUGUGGAGCGAAAGGUCGAGAAGGUGAACAUCUACGAAGAUGCGAGAGAUAAAGAUGCGGACAAGAAAGAAGAUCUGAUGGAGAAUUGGGACGAGGAUAAAUUAAGAAAGGUCGUCAACCAGAAUUCCAUGAAACAGAAGAUGACGACAGAUAUCGUUUGCAAGUACUUUGUCCAGGCAAUCGAGGACAAGAAAUAUGGGUGGUUUUGGGAAUGCCCGAAUGGGGGAGAUAAAUGCCAUUACAGGCACGCUCUGCCACCAGGAUUUGUUCUGAAAUCAGAGAGGAAGGCUAAGGAAGAGCUAGACAAGAAGAAUGAGAUUUCUUUGGAAGACUUCUUAGAAGUGGAGCGACAUAAGCUCAAACCACCACUCACACCGGUCACAGCGGAGUCGUUCGCUCUAUGGAAGAAGAACAGAUUAGAAAAGAAGCAAGCUGAACAGGAGGCUAUGGAGAAGGCAAAGGCCGUCCAAAGAGCUGCUGGAAAGCUGACAGGAAUGACGGGUCGAGACAUGUUCACGUUUGGAGGCGAGAUAUACGAAGACGAGGACGAGGGCGAUGAGGAUUGGGAUAUCUCGAGAAUGUUGGCGAGAUAUAGAGAGGAAGACGAGCGGCCAGAGGAUGAGAACCAGCCGAAUGAGGGGAUUCGCGGGGACGAUGAGGACGAGGCGGAGGAGGCGGCUAAUGGAGUUGACAAAUUAUCAGUCAAGGGGGAUUGAGAGCUCGGCAGUCAAUCCAUCGUCUUCUUGCUCCCUUGUUGCAUUGAGCAUAGUCUCACCAUAUCAUACUGUAUCAUGCAUCUCACAUCGAGUCCUUCA